AAUUCUGUGAUAUUAUAACUUAAACAUUAAAAGGAAAUUGUAGAUGUUAUUUCAGAUGUUCAAAAUGACACGAAUCCAGGAAAGAAAUGUAGCAGUAGUUGAAAUAACGAAUUUAUAAUAUCAAGUCUAGAUACUGUUGGAUAUUUAAUUGUACUAAAUGAACAAUAUAAUUCUUAUAGCAUCAAAUAUUAUAAAGAUUUGAAUUACCUGAUAAAUAUAUUAAGAAUGCCACUUAAUUUUCAGAUAUAAAAUAAAUUUCCAUCCCAAUUAAAUAAAAUAUUUGUGCAAGAGUUUAAAAAUAUUGAUACAGAAAUUGUACUAUACAGUUAUGAUAAUGCUUUUAACAAUUUUAAUGGGCAAUAUUUUGGUUCUAAUGUUAACUGUUGUAUACAUAUUAAAAAUUCCUUUGACUUUUUUAUUUAACAUUACGAUCAAUUCCAAAAAAAAAUUAAAAACAUUUUUUGUAAAGAAUUAAACAAUUUUAAAGAAAUAUAUAAUAAUAUAAUGUGUAAUGUAACUUCUUGUCCUGGUGUACCUACUAAAAUAGAUUAUGUAUUUGUUGCUAGCUUUACAAUAUCUGCAUUAUUACUAACAAUUUUCACCUUAAUUUUUUUAUAUAAGAUUAAUAAAUAUUAUAAUUAAUAAUGUGAAUAACGUAUCACAAUUCUUAUAAUUCAUUAUCACACAAAGUAUUAAAAAAAAUAAAAUAAUACUUUUAAUUACAUAUAUAUAUCUUUUUUUUCAUAUAGUUUACUCCAAUGAAAUCAAAUCUACUUAAUCGUUUACAAAAGGAAAAACUAAUUAAACUUAAAGGCAAUAGAAUCACCACAAAACACACAUUAUGAAGCAAAUAUAAAUUAUGAACGAAGUCUUCAUAAUAUAGACUAUCAACCACAA